AUGUAUGGUGUUAACACGCCCAUUGUGACGUUCGCCUGCAGACUGCAAGGAAAAUGCACGUAUCGUCCCAGCAACCUGCACUACACGGAAACCAUUCCCAGCUCUCACCUUAGCACCGGGGGCUUUAUAUACAUCCCCAGCAAGGACAUAUAUAUGUCUAAAAGGCAGCCAUUUGAUAUUCUCCCCAGCCUUGCUGGGUCAGCUAAGGAGAUGGCUGUGAGAGGAAGGCAACCGCCAAUUCUGUUACAAGUUACAACCAAACAGGGGGUCUUGUUUACGUUUCCCCAAAUUUUGCUGGUACAUGUAGAGUACAUAUACUGUGCAGGCGACGUCCUCAGACUUAAAGAGGAUAAUUUUGUUUUGUUUUAUCCGCCUUUGGCCUGUUCUGUCAACCGAUUACCCCGUCUUGCUGUAGCUGAUGGUGGGUGGUGGAAGAAGUCGAGUCACAAUCGAUCCUGGAAUGGCCAAGGAACGCCAAUAUGCGGGCGAGGACACGAACGCCAAUUCAAUUGUUUCUUUGUUUCCGUUAACCAGCCCAGAUCAUCACCACAAAUCAGCAUUAAUCCUCUUCUCCAGGACGUUCGUGGUUCGCAAGCGGAGAUCGAUGAUCUGAAAGUCCGGCUUCGCAAAGCCGAAGGCGAUGAUUAUAAAACUACGACAUCAACAGGGGCCACCCCCCCGUCUCAUGGAACUGCCACUCGAACUGCGGAUGCUCAAUUGGGAAGACGCAUUACCCAAGUAGCGUGA